AGCGUAUUCAGUACGGAUGCCAAACUGAGCGGAAAGGAAGUACAACCUAACAUCAGUGCGCGCAAAAUCGCGAUGACGUCGAAAUUGAUUUAUUCAAUACCGUUCGUAUCAUCCGCCGACGGGGACAGCACGAGUUUGGUGAAUGUGCGCGACCACAGUGUCACUCACAGGAUGGCACAAGUGGGGGCGGUGACGUUGAGCAUGUGGUUCAAAUGCGACUCGGGGAAAAUUACACAACCACAGACAGUCCUUCUAGCUCGGUACGCUAAUUUCGGUACUUCAACCUUUUCGAGACUAGCUGUUACAGUGGACAGGCGACGUCGCCUGAUACUCCAUUGGUUGUCGUAUACCCUGGGCAGAAGCCACGACAUUCUGGAAGGCUACAGUGCGGAGUUGCCCACUUCUAGAGAGAUGCCAAAGUCGGCAUGGGUUCAUUUAGCAUGUUAUUUCGACACUGAACGAUCUACUCACAAGUGGUAUUGGAACGGCGAAAUGGACAACCAUCGUGACGGUGGGAAGCAUUUCCACGCACUGAAUGUCAGUAAUGCACUCGUGCAGUCGGUGUUCUCGAAAAAGGAUGCAAGUAUCGCUGCUGUUGGGGAAAUAUCUGACCUGAAGAUAUUCCCCAGGCAACUCGACAUCACAGAGAUCAGUAAAGAGUUUCGAAGAGGAAGACAGCAGUUGAACAUGGGAUGAUCUGGAUUGUAUUGGCAGCUAGUGGUGUAAGCAUGGCGUUCUCAUCAAUAUUCUAAAAUUGUCGUGAAAAGUGUGCAAGAGUAUUGCUUAUUGAUUGUCUCUGUCAAGAACCAUGGCAUGAUCGGUCUCUGGG